AAAUUACACUGCUCUUUGUAUCAGAAAAAGCCGAUCGAUAUUUUCUAGGUUCGAUUCAAGGCCAAAUUGCCUUAAAUGCACUCUAGAUGCGGUAUAUAUAUAGAGAAUUUUCCGCAAAGCUCGUAUUUUGACCUUCGUAUAUCUAUUAUGCAUCCGUAGGCAAUCAAAACGGGCUGAGGAUUGUUCGAUUUGGUGCAGAAUUCUGCACUAUUUUGCAUUUUUGGUUAAAAUACCUUGGAAAUUGACAUUCUAUUCUCGAUUUAAGUAUUCCUCUAUAAGUUAGCUUAGCCGGGAAAAAUAGAAAAUAAUGGUGGGAGUUGCAGAGGAGGCCGAGUUGAAUCGGUUAGAGUCGCAGGUAGAAAAUGGAGGAGGAAAUGUUUGGGAAUAUUUGUGCCUUAUCAAGAAACUUAAAAUUAGGCGUUCGGAGAAUGUUUUACGGCACGGAUUGGUGCUGCUUAAUGAUUCCAAGAGCAGAUCUAAACUUGGCGGAGAUGUGUGGACUCUGUAUGAGCAGGUAGCCAUUGCAGCUUUGGAUUGUCGGAAUCUUGCCAUUGCAAAGGAUUAUAUUCAAACUCUCAUGAAGAAAUUUCCUGACAGCAUCAGAGUCGGAAGGUUGGAAGGAAUGUGGUUUGAAGCAAAAGGAUCCUGGGAGCAAGCAAAUAAAGUAUACUCAGGCCUGUUGGAAGAGCACCCAUUAGAUCAACAAAUUCAUAAGAGGAAAGUUGCCAUUGCUAAGGCGCAAGGCAAUUUGUUAGAAGCUGUGGAAUGUCUCAAUAAAUACCUUGAGAUAUUCAUGGCAGAUCAUGAUGCUUGGAGAGAGCUUGCGGACAUAUAUAUUUCUCUUCAAAUGUAUAAACAAGCAGCCUUUUGCUUUGAAGAGCUGAUACUUGCCCAACCAUCAAAUGCUUUGUUUCACCUAUCAUAUGCAGAGGUGCUUUAUACACUUGGUGGACUUGAAAAUUUGAAGCUUGCUAAGAAGUAUUAUGCUGCAGCGAUUGACUUCACUGGGGGAAGGAAUACACGAGCUCUAUAUGGUGUUUGCUUGUGUGGAGCAGCUAUCAAUCAAUUAGCUAAGGGCCGUAGCAGGGAAGAAAAAGAAAGCUCAGAGUUGCCGUCCCUUGCAGCAGCUGCUUUAGUCAAAGAUUACAAGCAAAGAUCACCUGAAAAGGCUCCUUUGGUUAUGUCUGUUCUUGAGCAGAUGAAAGCCAUUUCAUUAUAGUUAUGGAAAUCUUGCACUUGCUAUUUUUAUGACAUUGAGUUCGAACCUUUUUUCUUUGUAGAAGAUUACAAUGUUGUACUCUAGGCAAAAAGCAUGCCAGUGAUAAUGAUAAAGCAUUUUUUUUAAUUCUUGUUUGGCCAUCUUCAAAGCAACUGUUGGAAAACAAUUACAGGCUCUGGGGAAAAUUAAAUGAAGGGCACUGCAAGAUUUUGCCAUUGUUAACAGUGCCGUUUGAGUAUGAUUUUAUAUGUUUCACAGGCUUCUGAUGUUGGAAGAACCUACAUAUUCUGACAUGACGUGGGAAUGAUUCAUUAAAGAGAUCUGCAAUUGAGUCUUGGUGCUAGAGCAAUGCAUUAUAUUAUAACAUAUUUUGAUUCUUGAAUCAACCAAUUAGUCACCGGAAAUAAUAGCUGGCUGUCUAUGAUGAUAUUUGUUUUGCUGAAGUUGGUCAUUGGAAUUGUCCAUGUCGAAGCAACUUUGAACUCAAUUUAUUAUGAAAGAGUCUACAGACUUUGACAGCGA